UCCCCGUGCGCCCCGGACGCGAGCGACGGCGAGGUCUGGCACCAUGCCCGGUCCCUCCGAACUCUAGGCCACAGCCCCGGCCUGCAGAGCAGCCCCUGUUCACUUCAGGGCCCGCCCCCUCCCCACCGCCCACUGCCCCACCAUGGCUGGGGACCGGCUCCCUCGGAAGGUGAUGGACGCCAAGAAGCUGGCCAGCCUCCUGCGGGGCGGACCCGGGGGGCCCCUGGUCAUCGACAGCCGCUCUUUUGUGGAGUACAACAGCUGGCACGUGCUCAGCUCCGUGAACAUCUGUUGCUCCAAGCUGGUGAAGCGACGGCUGCAGCAGGGCAAGGUGACCAUCGCCGAACUCAUCCAGCCAGCCGUGCGCGGCCAGGUGGAGGCCACGGAGCCACAGGACGUGGUAGUCUAUGACCAGAGCACACGGGAUGCCAGCGUGCUGGCUGCUGACAGCUUCCUCUCCAUCCUGCUCAGCAAGCUGGACGGCUGCUUCGACAGCGUGGCCAUCCUUACGGGGGGCUUUGCCACCUUCUCCUCUUGCUUCCCUGGCCUCUGUGAGGGCAAGCCUGCUGCCCUGUUGCCCAUGAGCCUCUCCCAGCCCUGCCUGCCUGUGCCCAGUGUGGGCCUGACCCGCAUCCUGCCUCACCUCUACCUGGGCUCUCAGAAAGAUGUCCUGAACAAGGAUCUGAUGACCCAGAACGGAAUAAGCUAUGUCCUCAAUGCCAGCAGCUCCUGCCCCAAGCCGGACUUCAUCUGUGAGAGUCGCUUCAUGCGCAUUCCCAUCAACGACAACUACUGCGAAAAGCUGCUGCCCUGGCUGGACAAGUCCAUCGAGUUCAUCGAUAAAGCUAAGCUGUCCAGCUGCCAAGUCAUCGUCCACUGUCUGGCCGGCAUCUCCCGCUCUGCCACCAUCGCCAUCGCUUACAUCAUGAAGACCAUGGGCAUGUCCUCCGAUGAUGCCUACAGGUUCGUGAAGGACCGCCGCCCAUCCAUUUCGCCCAACUUUAACUUCCUGGGCCAGCUGCUGGAGUAUGAGCGCAGCUUGAAGCUGCUGGCUGCCCUGCAGGGUGACGGGGCGCCCCACCCGGGGACGCCCGAGCCCCUCCCGGGCCCUGCGGCCCCACUGCCGCCGCUGCCACCACCUACCUCAGAGAGCGCUGCCACCGGGAGCGCGGCGGCCAGCGCAGCCAGGGAGGGCGCGCCCGGCGCCAUCGGGGAGCUGCCCGCGCCUUCCGCAGCCCCGGCCACCAGCGCACUGCAACAGGGCCUGCGGGGCCUGCACCUCUCCUCCGACCGCCUCCAGGACACCAACCGCCUGAAGCGCUCCUUCUCGCUGGACAUCAAGUCGGCCUAUGCCCCCAGCCGGCGGCCCGACGACCCGGGGCCCCCAGACCCUGGGGAGGCCCCCAAGCUCUGCAAGUUGGACAGCCCGUCAGGGGGCGCCCUGGGCCUGCCCUCGCCGGUCCCCGACAGCCCAGACGCGGCGCCAGAGUCGCGCCCGCGCCUCCGCCGGCGGCCCCGGCCUCCAGCCGGCUCCCCGGCACGAUCCCCAGCGCACGGCCUCGGCCUGAACUUCGGCGAUGCCUCCCGGCAGACUCCGCGGCUCGGCCUCUCGGCCCUGUCGGCACCUGGGCUGCCUGGCCCCGGCCAGCCGGUCGGCCCCGGGAGCUGGGCGCCGCCGCUCGACUCUCCCGGCACGCCGUCGCCCGACGGGCCCUGGUGCUUCAGCCCCGAGGGCGCGCAGGGUGCCGGCGGUGAGCGGUUUGCCCCCUUCGGCCGGGCAGGCGCGCAGGGCGCAGGGGGCGGCGACCUGCGGCGUCGGGAGGCGGCAAGGGCCGAGGCCCGGGACGCGCGGACCGGCUGGGCUGCCAGCAUCUCUGUGACUUCGGUCUUGGAGCGUCCACUGGGUUCCUCUCCCUGGAAACAGCCCCUGCCCUGCCUGCAGACCUUCCCGUGGGGCCCGGGGCCCAUGGGCCGCAGCGGCUGGGGCACCUGCAGCGAGCGUGCCGCCCGUGGCCUCCGGCAGCCCCUGCGGCGGGGCUGA